AUGACAACAAUUUUCAUUUCCGGCGCCACGGGCUAUGUUGCCCAACACAUCAUCAAGCUUUCGCUUCUGAAGGGAUAUUUUGUGAUUGGGUCGGUUCGAAGUGCAGCUAAAGGUGAGAGAUUAAGGCAACUUUUCAACAGUGAAAAAUUCACAUAUGAGAUUGCAGAAAAGUUAGAAAAUCCCGGUGCUUUCAAUCAGGUUUUGCAAAAACAUCCAGAGAUCUCUGUUUUCAUCCACACGGCUUCUCCAGUCACAAUGAACGCAAAAGACCCAGAAAAAGAUACCAUGAUUCCGGCCCUCGAAGGGUCCAAGAAUGCCCUCAAUGCCAUUUAUGAAUUUGGCCACAACAUCAAAAAAGUGAUCCUUACGUCUUCAUACGUGGCUUUGUCGGAUCUUUUGACUCCUGGACGUACAGCGACUGAAUCAACGUGGAAUAGUGUGACUUGGGAAAUGGCAAAGGCCGAUGGAAGACUCGCAUAUCAUGCCUCGAAAAAAUACGCCGAAAAGGUAGCGUGGGACUUUGUGAAGGAUAAAAACGUAGGGUUUGAAUUCACCCUGAUAAACCCAGCCUAUGUUUUUGGUCCUCAGGCAUUUGAUGAGGAUGCAAAAGGAACCCUCAAUCUCUCGGCCGAGAUGAUCUGCUCAUUAACAAGAUUGAAAGAAGGUGACGAAGUUGCCACGAAACGGCGGCCUUUUAUUGACGUGAGAGAUGUAGCCAAGGCACACGUACUAGCUGUUGAAAGGGAUUUUGCGGGCAAGAGAUUACUUAUGGCUGAAUCCAAUUUUUCGCAGCAAUUGGCAUUGAACAUUAUUCGCAAGCAGUUCUCACAUUUAAACCUUCCACCCGGUAACCCAGAUGCUGACGGAAAAGACGAUCUAUUUGAUAACUCGAAGACGAGACAGCUUCUAGGAUUUGAGUUCAUUGACCUCGAGACCUCGAUCCGAGACAUGGUGACCCAGUACUUGAAAAACGAACAAUUAUAG